AUGACGCGGGAGACUUAUCUGAAGCGCUCCCUCGGCACUCUGGCCAAACGAAUUAAAGAGUCGCGUGUGCUACUCGUCGGUGCCGGUGGCAUCGGUUGCGAGCUGCUUAAGAACCUCCUCCUCUCCGGUUUUGGUGAAAUCCAUAUUAUCGAUCUCGACACAAUCGAUCUCAGCAAUCUCAACCGCCAGUUCCUCUUCCGCUUUGAACACAUUAAGAAGUCCAAGGCAUUAGUUGCGAAGGAAGUUGGCCAUAAAUUCCAGCCAGGUGCGAAACUUGAGGCCUACCAUGCGAAUAUCAAGGAUAGCCAGUUCAACGUCGACUGGUUCGCAAGAUUUGACGUGGUGUUUAAUGCGUUGGACAACCUGGAUGCCCGCCGACAUGUCAAUCACAUGUGUUUAGCAGCCAAUGUGCCGCUGGUCGAGAGUGGAACAACUGGUUUCAACGGCCAGGUUCAGGUUAUCAAGAAGGGCAUCACGGAAUGCUACGACUGUAACUCCAAGGAAGUCCCCAAGUCAUUCCCUGUCUGCACUAUCCGCAGUACUCCCAGCCAGCCAAUCCAUUGCAUCGUCUGGGCCAAAAGUUAUCUCCUCCCCGAGCUUUUUGGAGUUAGUGAGGAUAAUUCUGACGAAUUCGAUCACUCAGAAGAUGCCGAAAAUUCGGACGAGAUAGAGAAUCUUCGGAAGGAAGCGCAGGCUCUCAAGAAAAUCCGGCAAUUCAUGGGCUCCGAUGAGUUUGCGCGGAAGGUCUUCGAGAAGGUUUUCCAAGAGGAUAUCGACCGAUUGCGGGGGAUGGAAGAUAUGUGGAAGUCACGCGAUGCACCAGAGCCUCUUGAUUUCGACAAGCUGCAGGAAGAGUCUUCGGGUGUUGAGAUUAUGGUCUCCUGCGACAUUCGGAAAGUCUGGACUCUCGCCGAAGACUUUGUCGUCUUCAAGGACAGUUUGGAUCGGCUGAGUAAACGGCUGAAGACACUGCAGGACACCACCAAAAGCGAUGUGAAGCCCAUUCUGGUUUUUGACAAGGACGAUGUCGAUACCUUAGAUUUUGUCACGGCUGCUGCUAACAUGCGGGCAAACAUAUUCAAGAUCGAUCCGAAGUCCAAGUUCGAUACAAAGCAAAUGGCUGGCAACAUCAUCCCGGCGAUAGCAACCACUAACGCAAUGACGGCUGGGCUUUGUGUCCUGCAAGCUUACAAAGUGCUGAAGGAGGAGUACGACCAGGCUAAGAUGAUCUUCCUCGAACGAUCGGGUGUCCGCGCCAUUAACUCCGAUUCCCUCCAACCCCCCAAACCUAACUGUCCCGUGUGUUCUGUUGUCCACGGCCGGUUAAACAUUGAUCUCCAGCGGGCUACGUUAAACGACUUGGUUGAAGGCAUCCUUCGGUUGCAGCUGGGAUAUGAAGAAUUCUCCCUCACUAACGGGCUGGAAACAAUUUACGACCCGGAUCUGGAGGAUAAUCUUCCCAAAAAGCUGGUCGACCUCGGCGUUACGUACGAGACCUUCCUUACGGUAAUCGACGAAGAGGACGACCAACCUCGCGUCAACCUCGAACUCAUCGUGCUAGCCCCCGAAUUCUCCGAAUCCGAAUCAACGGACGACCGAAAACCCGUCUCUCUCGAGAAAAUCUCUGAUAUCCCUCGAAAGUCGAAGCCAGCUACACCUGCCUCCCCUGAACCCGAGCCGGUGAACGGCACAGGCAAACGCAAGCGCGAUGCAGAGGAAGCCGACCUCAGCAAUGGCGACCACCCCACCAAGCGUGUCGCCGGUAUGUCCCUCGAGGAUGGCGACGGCGCACAUCCCAUUGUCUUGGAUGAGGCAACCGGCGGUGCGAUCCUGAUCGACGAUGACUGA